CUCAUUUCUUGCGCUUGUUGUAGCUGUGCGCGCACCCGACACUUUCGGCCGCGUCGCUGUGGUAACGGGACAAACCUAGUCAACAGAAAAUCUAUUGUGACCAUUACUUCAAAACUUCUGACUAUAUAAAAGUAACUGAAUUUUAAACGUGUUAUAUCUUCACGUAGAUUGUAAAUCCUUGAAAACUGAUUAGGUGAUUGUGCUAAUCCAAAAAACGGCAGCGUCCCGUUCUCAUGUGUUGUGGGUCGCUUUUGACGGGUCCCAAAUGGCGGGCGCUGCAAGCAACUUCAGCACUUCCGGUGUAAUGUAACUCUCAGUGAUGUCCAGUGUGAAGAGCGCGACGACCCAUAACGCUUCAUAACGACCCAUAACGCUUCAUAACGACGCUUCAUAACGACCCAUAACGCUUCAUAACGCUUCUUCUGCAGGAUGAACGCGAUGAAGCAAAACCGAAUGUUGUACGCGUCGCGCUCUUUCUCGAAGCGGCAGAAAUGCGAUGACAGGAAUUGAAGCGCGUUUGGGUGAAUGACGCGCGCUGUUGCGUAAAUGGGCGGGGUCGGCGGGGCGGGCUGUGAUGUCAAAUGUUGAUGUAUAUAAACGCGUUUUUAUAUAAUAGUGCACGCGACGGCGGUGCGAGAGAACGCGAGUAAAGGAUGGAUGUGGAGGAGACCGAAGCGAGUCACGCGGAGUCACCGGUUCCCAAACGCAGCAGAGGAAGACCUCGCAAACCACCACAGGAAUCUGAGGAAGCUUCUGCUCCCAGACGCCCGAGAGGACGACCAAAGGGCAGUAAAAAUAAAGGCCAGCGUGUCACAGCAAGGGUAGAGCCGACAGGAGAGAGGAGACCUCGAGGAAGACCACGAAAAUGGCCACAGAAAACGGCUCCUCUGGAGGAAAAGCAGUCUUCUGAUCCUGAUGUGAAAGGGGCGGAGUCAUCAGAAGAUCCGGUCACUCAGACUCCGCCUUCUCCUUCACCACCGCAGGAGAGUGUUUAAAACUACCUCACAGAAUAAUUCCGUACGGCGUGGAGGACGAUGUCUCGGCUCCAUCUGAUGUGACCCUGAAAAACGACUUUCACGGCUGUAAGCUCCUGCACUGACCAUCACGAUGACGUAUUUGUGAACCUGGAAGAAAAACCCAGUUCAUUGUCCGCUUGAACCGCAUUCUGAUCUCAUUGCUCUUCACAAUCUCCACCUUUUGAUUGUCGUGGAGAGACAAAAUUGAAAUAGCUGAAUAUUCAUCAUGUUUGUUUGUCGAUUGAACUCAUCUCACACGUAUGUUUCGUUACGUUUAAAGCUGCGUACUGUUAAUGCUGAACACCCUGACGUCACAGAUCCCCCAGUGCAGAAAUACAUCCCAUAAUAUAUGAUUAGAAAAGAAUCAGUACUUUAUGAAUGACACGGCUAGUUUACACAGCGCAACCGAAGACAUCAAAACUAUAUGAGAAAUGGUUUCACGACUUCUCAGGACAUCAAUGAGCAAAGCUUGACCUUCUACCUUCCUAACGUGAUUUUUGUCUUGUUUGUGUACGUUUUAUCGUUGAAGUUUAAUGUUUACAGAAGGAUAAAUGGAUCCAAACAAAUUCUUGACUAUGUUGUUAUGCAAACCGACCAAACGUAAGAAAUGAUUUUACAACAUGAAGACGGUGAAAUGUCGUACCUCAAUUGCAGAGACCUCAGUCUCUGUUGUUUGUGGAUCAUUUCAGUUUGUUAUUGUAUUUGUGUGUUUUAAUUCAUCAGACAAAUGUCACUUUCUAGGGUUCUCCUGGAAAUACAAAGUUGAUUUGAAGUCUUGUAUUUAAAUGAAACUGCCAAAUUUUGAUGCACGGAUUGUGACAUGUUGAGCCAGUUUUACUGUAAACGUCUGAAAACGUACCUCAUGAACAGAGACUCAGGUAACAGUCUUCUCUUAUUGGUCAGUACUGAUGUCUAUCAUCAGAAUAAAGUGACUUUUUUAUUCA